AUGGGCCGAAAGAACCUGAAACAUCGACUGAAGGUACGUUUGCAAAAAGAAGAACGCUUCACUUUAAAAAAAAAAGCUGCAGAUCACGAAAGCCUCGCUCGACCGCUUCUGCCAUGAAUUGCGUAUUGUUCAGUUUGUCAACCCAAGCGGAAGAAAUGUGAAUAUUUCGUACUGCCGAAUGUUGCAGACUUUUUUUGAGAAUUACUUCAAAUUGGAUUUUUUAUGAGAAACUUUUUUCAAGAGGUCCUGCGAUCGGAGAAAAUUAUUGGCAGACGACGAAGCAACACCUAGGAGCAACAAAGGUCACCUCAUGGUAUGUCACUUCUUCAAUGAAAACUCUAAAAUUUGACUUUUUCCCAGGAAAAGCUAGAUUUAUCUGAUAUUGGAUCUUCUGAUUUUGAAGACGAAGAAAAAAGGAUUUACAUAACAGCUCUUAGGAGAGGAUUUGGUUGGUGCUGCCGAAAACCGACAAAAAAAAAGACAUUUUCAGAUUUACCGUGCUCACCCAGAGUCGAAACAGACAAAGGAGGUGAAAACAGAAGGUAAUUUUUCCUGUUAUAGGUUUGCUUAAAUUCUAGAUAAAGGUAGAACUCAAAAAUCUACGUUUCAUUGGAUUUUCCUCUGAUAAUCUUUUGUUUAUUUUUAAUAAACUAUUAUUAUGAUCUCGGGUAUGUCAAAAUUGCAAUUUACGGAUAAAAUUUCAGCUUGGCGUUUCGUGUAUUUUGAAAACCCUCGAAACAAUGGAGUAAUGUGAGAUUCGUGUGAAUCGAGUAAAUGUUUCAGGAGAAUGAAACUCUUCAAAACAACCGUACAAGUUGAAACACGAGGAGGUUUUUCAGAAAUAGCUGGAGAUCCUUGGAGUCUCCCAGAGCUUUUUUAAACGGAGAAGCCGACGUUUCAUCUCUGCCGUCUGCUGUUUCGAGAUCAUCGGAAACGAACGGACUUGGAGCCUUAACAGUCAGUUUUUUGUUCAAAGUAGAUGAGAUUUUAAACUGUGAUUGUGUCGGUGUGCUUCAUUUGCCUGAAAAUAAAACAACUGAACUUUCCAGCUUCUUUUUUACUUGCUGCCGCUUUCCCUGUAACAUAAAACUGUCAAUAAAGCACCUCCAAAGACUUUGCCGGAAAGUCGAAUUGCUCAGAAUACUGGCGGACUUGUGUGGCUUCCAAAAGUUGGAACAAUUUUCACUUUUUCCUUUUUUUGGCCAUGUCUCAGCUUUGCUUAAUUGAAUGAUUGCGGAAGAAUAUGUGCAGCGGAAAAGAUUAAUUGAAUGUCGCCGAAACGACUUUGGAACGUCAGCCGAGACGAAAGAAGAACCGAAAAUUCACAGCCUUGACCUAUUGUUCGUAAAACUUCCAAUCAUGUUUUACACUUUUCAUUUUGUCGCCUUUUCACAAACCAUCGAUUAUAUCAAAACGUGAGUAACUUGAUAGACUUCGAGAUUACAGCGUCUUGUCGCCUCUCGCAGUUUAAUAAGAUGUUAAAAGGCUCUGAUAUGUGUUUCUCACCGAGUCAUAAAUCUUCGGACAAAUGAGUUUUUUUUCGCAAUACUGUCCUUGAGUUUGUUUAAUAUCACUCUGACUAGUCGGAAGUUUUCAUCUGAAAAAAAAAAUCGAAAAAUUUCGUACCUGUUUUUGCUAAUUGUACGAUGUCUUGUUAAUUGAUUUCAAGGACAGUGACAGUUUUUUUUUCACUGGACUCUAUUUCGAAUGUUCUGCACUUUUUUUCUUCAUAUUUUAAAAAAAUGUAUAAGCUUAAAAAUAAACUUUUCUGUUAUCUCAGGCCUUUUUAAGAUUAGCAAAAUUUCCCUGAUUUUGUUUUUACAAUGGUGAGAAUCGGUGGUUUAACAUUGGUUUAAGAUUUUUUUUGAAAAGUUCUUUUGUUGAUUUCCCCGAGGUCGAAGUUGUUACUUCAUCUAAAAUCUACAUGAAAAAAUUAUGUUCAACUUAGUUUUUGACGGUUGAAAUUUGAGAUUUCAAGAGCUUUUAACAUUUUGGUGCUUGAAGAGAAAAAGUAGAAGCAAAGCGGUAAUAAACAAAAGUUAAGAAACGCCCACGACAUCUCUCCUCUCUAUUCCCAAAACCUAUUUGAAAUACACCUCAGGUGAAAGUUGGGAAGCUUCUGCUUACCAUCCCUCGGAAGGCCUUUGGAAGCUCUCCAGCAAAGGGUCAAACGCCUUUCACUCAGUUUCCUAACACUUUAUACUCCCAGAAGCCUGCUGAGAAGCUUCUCGAAAGCACAUUUAGUUUUUGACCUUUCGAAGACCUUUCAACUACCUGCUGAACACCUACCCAACGCCUUCUCAAAAACUUCUAAAAUCCAAUCACUUCCAACUUCCUGCUGGUUGCCUUCCCAACACGCUCCUACAUUUUGUAUAAAUGAACAGUUUUAGUUCAAAGCUGAGAAUUCGAAGAAUUUAUGACGAACUUUUGAACUGAAUCAUGUUUUUUUGGAAGGCCAAUAGCUCCAUGCUGCCGUUCCCGAGCGUGCAAAAACUCGAGGUUCACCUCAUGAGGGGUUGAGGAGGUCACAAUUGUCGCCGACUCGGCAGAAUUUGACCACUUUGCGCGUACUUUUGCCGACAGCUGCGGUGCCACCGACGGCAUCCAUUACUCUCGGACGGCUAGUGCUCCGCGAGCCGUCUCUCGACGCCCUCCGGCCACGCUGUAA